GACUGUAAGGACGCGUCGUCAGGUCUGUUUUUGUUGUUGUUUGGUUUGUGGAGUAGCUGUAUGUUUUAGUCUGAAGAAAACCGCUUCUUUGGUUCCUUAACUGCAGCUCAUGUCAUCUUAAGGGGAAAUCUUUGCAUAAACGGUCGUCCACUGUAGCUCCUCAUCAAUGUGCUGCUGUGAAUGGAGUGGCUUCAGGUGAGCGUCUCACAGGACUGUCCCAUGGAGAAGGUGACGUUCCAUAAUGUGGCCCAGAGUUACAUCCCUCAGAGCCGUGUGGAGUGUCACUACACCCUAACUCCUGCGCAUGCAUGGUCUUCUAAAGACUGGAUUGGCAUUUUCAAGGUUGGGUGGAAUGCUAUACGGGAUUACCACACCUUUGUGUGGUCGCAGGUUCCGGAUGGCUACCAAGAGGGGACGGCUACUAAAUGCUGCGUCAAUUUUCAAGCCUUCUACUUGCCUAAGGGGAGCUCAGAGUCCUACCAAUUCUGCUACGUGGACGGCCAGGGUGAGGUAUGCUCACGCAGCACCUCAUUCACCUUUAGUGCUCCUCAGACCCUCGAUGAGCUUGUGACCCUGGAAGGAGAGGAUGGAGUUGCCUCCGACAUGCUCUUCAUCAUUCCCAAAGCAGAGAUGUUACAGGGCCGUCUGGAGGAAUGCCAACAGGAGAAGAGCCAGCUGCUGGAGUCCAAUGCAGAGAUGAAGCAUGAGAUGGCAGAAAUGCAGAUGAGGAGUGCUGAUCUGAAGAGAGCUCUGAGUUGGGCAGAAGGGCGUUACUCAAUGCUGCUGGACAAGUACCAGAAAGGUCUCCAGGAAAAACAAGUGGUGACCUCUGAACGUGACACCCUGAUCCAACAGCAGGCAGAGAACCAAAAGCAAAUUUGUGAACUGGAGGAAGACAUCAAAGUCAUAAGUGGGAAAGUGCUGGAGAAAGAAACAGAGCUGGACAGGAUGAAGGACCAUUUGAAGAAGGUGAAUCUCAUGCAAGAGGAGCAGGCCAAGAGCCUGGAAGAGGAGGAUCAGGACAAAGAGAGGCUGCAGGAACGAGCUGAAACCCUAGAGGAGCAAGUGUGUGACCUCCAAGAUCAGCUGUCUGCCGGUCAACAGAAGGCUGAAGUGCUGGCUGAGGAGCUGGCCUCUGCCCUGUCUGCAAGAGAUCACGCCACAUCGGAGCUGAAGAAGACGCUGCUGUUGACGGCCGAGCUGAAUGUCCAGCUGGCAGACAGCACUCUGGCCUGGAAGGAGGGCCGAUCCCAGUGGCUGCAGGAGAAGACGGUGCUGCUUGACAGCUUAGAGGUGGAAAAGGAGAAGAUCCUGAAUCUGAGCUGUGAGGUCCUUAAACUUGAAGAAUCACUUCAGAAAGAGCGAAUCGACAAAGAGAGGUUUAGACUUAAGCAUGACUGCAGCUUGGUGCAGCUUGGAGAUGCAAUGCAGACGGUCAAGGAGCUCAAGUCCACCCUGGUUGCAAUUCAGAAAGAACGAGACCAGCUGGCUGUGGAGAAGGAGGAGCUGUUCGACUACAUGAGGAAGCUUGAGCAGAGGCUGGAGAAGAUGGCCGAUUCCAAAUGGAGCGAAGUUGAGUCCAGCUGUGCCACCCGACCAAAUUCUCCCACUACUACAGACUCUGAGGAUGAGUUACCUGAAGAUGUUCGGCCUACUUGCCAGAGGAGGCCUUACAACCUGACAAUCGAAAAGGGGUCUUUCUGCGCACCGCCACCUCUACCCAGCAGGAUGCCCCAAGGAGGUGUGGUCAUCAGCCAGCCCACCGCAAUCUCCACCUCUCAAUCCAACAACGAGAGGCAGGACCCAAAAUGGGAGUCGGAUUCCAGUGGAGACAAAGAGGGCUUGGUGUCCAAGGUGCCCAGCUCUGGGGGCGAGACUGCUGCACAGCUGUCUGAGACGACUUGCUCCAUAAUCAGAACAGCAAAAGGAAAAAAAUGACAUGAAUAAAUAAAAGCGGGCGAAGAUCUAAGUGGGAGUGUGGAUGACUUUUAUGGUUGGCAGCAGUUAAAAUGACAUAGAGGGGGAGUGCGUGAUAUACGGCCGCGUCAGACAGCUUCCGAAUCAAUUUUCAGCAUCAUUAGAGUCUCCUGCCGUCUCCCUUUUUUCUCCGCUCUCCCGCUCCCUCAUUCCUUCUCUUUCUGUUGUCACUUUAUUUUCUCUGUUGGAAUAACUUUGCUCAACAUCUCCAAUUUCAUAAAGCCAAAAUAAAUAUGAAAAUGAGCCU